UUCUCGAUGAGUGGAAAAGUUUCGUCAGAUUCGUCAUACCUCUCGCAUUUGUGUUUGAGUUUUUGUGUGUUCCUUUUUUUUCUCUUUUGCCUAAAAAAGGGUCGAUUAUGAACCACUCCUGUCUCCUCUUCAAUGCAAAAAAGUCUCCUCUGUGCUUGCUGUAAGACACCGCAAGGCGACUAUGUGUUUUGUGUAGAAACAAGGAGUGAAAAAUUGAGUGAGAAAUCGUGAAAGUAUUUUUUCAGUGUGAGGGACGAGGUGUUGCCAAGAGGGGCGGAAAACUUUAUCAUUUUACACUGAGCUGUGGGAAUUUUUAUUGUGUGUUCUUGGCGUGUGGAAAAGUGCACAUUUUCGGGAGGUUGAGUGUGUGAUAAAAUGUCGCUAUUCAACAUAUUCGGGAGCAACAAGAAGAGCCAGUCCAAGGAUGGCGGGGAUCGGGCUAAGGGCGGUGCACUGAACAUUGGAACUCCGACAAAUGUUGUCCAUGGAGUUCAUGUUAGCAAAAACCACUUAACUGGAGACCUUGAGGGUCUGCCAAAGCAAUGGCAGAAGAUCCUCAAUGCCCUGAUCACGCAGGAUGAGCAACAGGAAAAUCCUGAUGCUGUCUACCAAGCGCUCAAAUUCUACAACUAUUCCAUCAAGAAGAAGGACCAGACGGAACCGUUCAAGCCUUUUAUCACUGAAGAGGCAAUUGUGGAGGAAUCUGCUGAGAUUGACAAGUACAUGAACAAGAAUGUCCAUCCGAGUGCUGACUCCCUGGGCGGCAAGAGCAGCAGCGAUGAGAGCUACAGCUCAGACACUCCACCCCCACUUCCUGAGAAGCGCCCUGUCACAGCCAUGCUACCCAAACCGAAGCUCCUCCCAAAGCCAAAACUGUCCAAACCUCCAGUUCCGGCCAAAUUGCACAGUAACUUCGACAAUGUCCAGGAUCUAUCGCAGAUCAGCCAUAUAGAGCAGCCUGAUCCCAGUCCGGAUGAUGGUCUCAUCCUUCGGCCAAAGGACAAGGAUGCCACAAAGCGCGUCCCCAAGACGGAUGAGCAAGUGUACACUGAACUGCGGAGCAUUUGCAAUCUGGAUGAUCCCACACAGCGAUAUGAAACGAAAUUAGAGGUCGGCAAAGGGGCUUCCGGUGUAGUGUUCAUUGCUCUGGACUUGGAGACGGAGCAGAAAGUGGCAAUAAAGACCAUUGAUCUUAAGAGUCAGACAUCAAAGGAACUUAUUCUCAAUGAGAUCCGUGUGCUUAAGGAUUUCAAUCACAAAAACUUGGUGAACUUCCUCGAUGCCUACUUCCUGGAACCGGAAAAUCAACUUUGGGUGGUGCUGGAGUACAUGGAUGGAGGUCCACUGACAGACGUUGUUACUGAGACGGUAAUGAAGGAGAGACAAAUAGCUGCUGUGUGUCGAGAAGUGCUAAAUGCAAUAACUUUCCUGCAUGGCCGUGGCAUCAUCCAUCGGGACAUCAAGUCAGACAAUAUCCUUUUGGGCAUGGAUGGGAGUGUCAAAGUGACAGACUUUGGAUUUUGUGCCAAUAUUGAAGGGGACGAGAAGAGGCAGACAAUGGUAGGGACUCCCUACUGGAUGGCACCAGAGGUGGUUACGCGGAAGCAGUACGGCAAGAAGGUGGACAUCUGGUCCAUUGGUAUAAUGGCAAUUGAGAUGAUUGAAGGUCAGCCACCGUAUCUGAACUCACCUCCCCUCAGAGCUCUCUACUUGAUUGCAGCUAAUGGACGGCCAGAAAUCAAUAGUUGGGACAAACUUUCGGCAAAUCUGCAGGACUUUUUGGAUCGAUGCUUGCAAGUUGAAGUUGACCGGAGAGCAUCAGCUGAAGAACUUUUGCGUCAUCCCUUCCUGGACGAUUGUAUGGAACUCCGAACACUGACACCUCUCAUCAAAGCUGCCCGGAGGAUUCUCAAGAGGGACUAAGUGAGUGACAUUCAGCAUUUUUUUCUUUUAUCGUGGAUUUAGCAACAAAAAAAGAAGAAGAAAAAAAAAACAAGCGUAUUUGAGUGCCUUUGGAAACGGUUCAUUCUUUGUGAAUUUGAUAAAUUCAAUGAGUAUUCUGAAUAUCUCCACAUUCCGCACUCUAUUGGUUCUUCCACCAAAUAAAACAUUACUAUAUCACAAUAAAAAAAAAGAAAAUACCGAGGAAUUUUCUUUGUCCUCGCUUUUUGAUAAAAUUUAUUCUAUUAUUCUAAAAAGAAACAAUUUUUCUGCACAGACUUCAGUAUUUGAUAUAAAAAAAAAUGAAUUUUUCGACGAAUUUUUCAAUGCAGAUAAUCACAGCUAGAUUUUUUCUAUAAUUAAAAGAAAUCAAAUUCACGAUAGAUUAAGUGAAAAUGAUUUUUCUUUAAGCUUAAGAUGACUUAUUGAGAAGGAGAAAAAUGUGUUUAGAUUAAGAAGAGAGCUGAGAGCUUACAGUGAAUUUUUUUUUCUGGAUACCGGACAAAAUGAUUUUCUUUCCCAUUCGUGCAACUCUUUUUCCAGCCAAAUACCUCAAAAAAAGAGAAAGAGUGAUAUUUCCCAAAAGUAUCUUUUCUAAAUGAAAAAUAAAAUGUUAUAUUGCUUCAUUUUAAGUAGGUUUUCAAAUAUUCAAAGGUCAGCCAAUUAAAAGUAUAGUAAGAGAGAGAGAGAGAGAAAAUAAUGCAAUUAUUCACAAUUGAAAAACAAGGGAAUAAAAAAGAAGAGAAAAUCUAAAAGUCUGAUAAAGGAGUGUUUUUACAAUUGCAAUUUUUUUGCUCUUAGAUAAUACAUUUCCAAUGGAUAUAUUUUGAUAUAAGGAUAUCCUUCAUCUUUAUACAAUUGAGCACAAGAGACAAUUGUUUAAUUUUAGUAUACUAAAGAAAACAAUUGUGGACAGUUUUUUGUACAUAGUCGAUGUGUUAUUUGUAAAUUUUUAAAAUUGAAAUUAUACUUUCAAAUAAAUAUUGAAAUAAAUAUACAAAAUAAA